AACGGAAGCAAACUAGAUUGUGCGAAUCCAAACCGUCCGUUUGCAGUAAUUCAAAACUUCAAUUUUUAUCAUGAUGUGACAGUUACUAUAAAUGGAUAUUAGAAGUCGGCAGACGGCCACGGAGGCGCUGGACAGGGGUGUGGAGCAGACCGGCGGUUACGCGGCUAACGGCGCCGUAUCGCCCGGACGCUCUUUGACCGCCGAGGCGGGGGACAACAGGAACGCGGGGGUCACGCUCCAGCGGCUAAGGGGCGUGGCCUCGGAGAGAUCGCGGCGCCUGGACGUUGGGGGCGUGGCCGAUGAGCAGGUUUUUGGGAUCAACCUCAGGACUAUUCCAGUGGAGCAGACUGUGGGCCCUUCCAAUGCUAACCAACAGCUCCCAAAGCCAGCGGACAAUAUGAAGCCACAUGUCGAUGAUCUUAGGGUCCAUCUGAAGGCCAAGGAUGGGAUUAUUCAUGAUCUGGGAAAGGAAAUUAAGAAGAACUUGCUAGAAACUACACAGAACAGGAAAGAGAUGGACAAAGUGUCCCAGACAGCAGACAGAGACAUCACCAUGAUGAGGAUGCGAGCAAAACUUCAAGUACCUCAGGGCGAAGCGAGAGAUUCUCAGAACCAGAGAAAGAAGGGUGCUGAGCUGCAGGAGCUGAUCAGAAAGUUAAAAGACGAAGUGGCAGCCAAGGACGUCCAGAGUACAGCUGUCCUCAAGUCCAUGCGAGAGCUGGAGGAGAGAGCUGCCCAACUCUCGGCAGAGCUCCACGAGUGCGGGGAGAGGUGUCACAGACAGAAUAAGGAAAUUCUUUCCCUGCAGCAGGACAAGGACACACUCCUGAUGAAGACCCAGAAGCAUAUGAUGCUGGAUGUAUACAGCCUUCUUCCACGUAAGGAGGUGGAAAUGGAAGCGGUGCAGAAGUUUGAUGGUGUCCACCUGGAAGAUUUGUGUCAGCGCCACAGCAGCGAAGAGAAAGUGAGUAGCCUGGGUUCAGAGGUUGGCCUACUGAAGUCCAGAUUACAGGAAAAGACGGAACAAUCUCAACAGCUGCAAGAUCAAGUUCAGAAACAGCAGGAGGCUCUAAGUAGGGCAUACAGAACUCUAAAAGACACGAGGAAAGCAGCUGGCAGUAAGAUAUCGAAGAAAGAGAUGGAGCUGGGCGCAGUGCAGAGGGAGCUGUUACAAGUGCGAGCACAGUUCUCUGAAUGCCAACAAGAGUUGCUCCUCAGGGAGAACCUCGUGCAGAACCUGAAGGAAGAGACUGCGCAGCUGACAGCCCAAAUAAAAGAGCAAUCCCAGGACAUUAACAAGCUGAACAGUGAGAGAAAAAAACUUGAGCUGGAGAUGACGGUUGUCAUGGAGAAACAUGGAACGGCACAACGAGAGGUGAGCUGUCGAGAUCAAGAGGUACUGCAGCUGAAGACUGAUUUGAAAAUGGUGGAGGAGAAGUUGCGCGGUGCACAGGAGGAGAAGCAGAAAUCUUUGCUCCUGCAAGGCCAACUCGAUGAAGCACGGCAAGAGCUGCAAAAGGUCCGAGGUGCAGCGCAGGACCACGGGCUGCAGGUCGAGGAGCUGCAGAACAAGGCCAAGCAAAAGGAUGUUCUUGUGAGGAAGUGCAUCACCGAGGCAUCCAUCUUGGAGCAGCAGAUUGAAAAGGCCCAGGCAGAGCUAAGGGAAAGCAGGGCUUUGGCCCAGAACCAAGAGUUGGCAUUGGACAUCUUUAAACGGAAAUACCAAAGUGCCAUGGAGAAGGUGCAGCAACAGGAGGCCAAGAUUGAGGCUCUUGAAGAGGAGGUCCAGUAUGCCAGCAGCCAGGUUUGCCAAGCCCAGGAGACGGUGAGCAGCCUGAGAGCGGAGAUCCUGAGCCUGGAGAGGCGCUAUGAGGAGAAGUGUAGCCAUGUGGAGAACUCAGAGGAAGCUGUGGAACAGCUGACCGAGGAGCUGCAGUCCAACCGAGAAGACCUCAGGAUGAGCAGGGAGCAGAUCACGGAGUGUGAGCAGCUGCUCCAAAAGCUGGGAGUGCGAGUGAGCGAGCAGCAGAAAGAGCUAUCGGGUCGUGCAAAUGCCUUCUUAAAGCUCCAGUCAGAAAUGGCAUCAUACCAAAUGUGCCACAGUUACUCCAAUGAAGAAUACAAAGCCCAGCAGCGGCAAUGCGACCUCUUACGCGAGGAGCUGGAGUCUGUGAAGCGGCAGCGCUGCAAGCAGGCCGACAGAGCGGCGGAGUCCCAGGAGGUUGUCGAGGCCCUGAAGGCCGAGGCCGCCAGCAUGGGUGUACAGCUGCGGAGGCGCGAGGAGGAAAACCGGGCCCUGGAGCGCACCCUACAGUCACUACACCUAGAUGUGGCCUCCACCCGCCAGAACCACAAGGUAGUGCUGGCCCAACUGGAGCAGGAGGUGGGCCAGCUAGAGUCAGACCUUGCCGAUGCUCGGAGAGCCUGCAUCCAGAAGGAGCAGGCUCUGCGAAGGCGGGACGACCUCCUGAAGAGAUCCGAGGCCGAUCUCAUUGAGGCGAGGGAGGCUAUGGACAACAAUACACUGGAGCUGCGGCGACUGCAGGGUGCUGUCGAGGGCCUGAAGAUGGACGCCCAGGUGCUGCAGAUGGACAAGAAGCAGAAGGGGGAAGAGAAUGUGGCCUUGAGGGCCGAAGCCAGGAAACUGAAUCAGGAGCUUCUGGAGCUCCAGCGGCAGCACAGAGACAUGGCCCAGGUGCUGGCCAGCCGUGAGGAGCGGCUCCUCCUGCUGGAGUCAAGCCUGAGCGCCACCCAGGAGCAGCUGGGCGGGCAUGUGGUGGAAGCUGUGCAGCGGGGGCAGAAGGCCCGCAGGACCCACGCCCAGCUGAGAAGCGCCCAAGAGGAGGACGACCACCUCAGGCAGACGGCAGACGAGCUGCAGGUGGAGUCGAGUUCGACGAAGAGCUCGCUGCAGCAGGCCUUGCAGGAGGUGCUGAACCACCAACGGGAGUGUCAGAGGGCAGAGGUGGAGCACGCCAAGGCCAGGGAGGAGGCGAUCUCCCUCACACACCAGCUCCAGCAGAAGGAGAAGCUGUUGCAGUGUCUGAGUGAAGAGCUGGGUCAGCAGCCUGACUUCUCCCUGGACCAGUGGGAGCAGUUUUCCAAACUCUGGAGAUGCAUGACCGACAUGGAGGCAGAGGUGGAGCGGCCGAAAGUCAAGGAGAUGAAUGAUGCCCAUGUGUUAAAGGAUCGGGAGAGCCACAUUUCAAGACUGGAGGAGAUCGCGGAGAUCCAAGAAAAACACAGUCGCCUGCCGGAGGAGUUCCUCAAGACCGAGUCUCGCCUGACCGUCUCCAAUUUGAGAACGGCUGCAACAGAACCGCAGAGGGAACGUCGCUCUGAAGAGAAGACUCCACUACAGGAAGCUAGAGACUCACUGAGUACCUGUAGCAGGAUCUUCCCAACAGCAGAGCAAGCAGUCGUCGACCUCCAGCAGGAGCUGUCUUCUGUAAAGAAACGUCUCCUGGAAGCACAAGAAACGGCGCGAAGACACGAGGACAGAAUCGCAGAGCUGACCAUGCAGUUGGAUCAGACGCAGGGAGCGUGCCAGCAGAACAUCAGAGAUCUAGCAAAUAAGGAGGAACAGCUGGUUAUAUUGAAAACAGAGUGUGAGGUCCUCCAGGACAAGCUUGGGUGCAAAGUUGGGGAGGUAGAAGGCCUAAAAACAGAGCGGUGUGUUUUGAGAGAGAAGCUGGAGGGAGUAACUGCUGAGCUGAAGACAGAGCAGCAGGCUGCAGAAGAGGCCCGUGCUGAAAACGCCCGCCUCCACCUGGACAAGGAGCAGCUUGUUUCCAGCGUGAGCCGAUGGAUCAAAGAGCAGAAGGUUGCCAGUGAAGGUCUUGCAGGAAAAAUUAAGGAGCAAAACAAUCUGCUCUCCUUUAUAAGUGCAGAAAAAGACCAUUUCCAGGAAACUAAAGAUGCGAUGGAGGUGGAACUUAAGAAGCUGAGGGCCAUGAGUAAUGAAAAGGAAAAGGAGAUAGAACAUUUAAAGGCACAGAUGAUCCGCGAUCUCUCUACUAAUCACCAAGUACUUCUUAAUCAGCUCAGAGGGGGCCUCAAGGUGGACAAAACCGAGAAGGUGAACCAGAUAUCCCAGACCCUGUGCAAAGUGGAGGAUAUGUGGUCCAGGUUGAAGGCCAACAUGGAAUUCAUUGAUCUCCUGAACCAGCAGCUGAGCGCUCUAAGCAGGGAGAAUGUAAAUCAGAGGGAAGAACUGGAGGUAGAGCGAGCUCACCGCACACGACUGGAGCUGAUGUUGCAGAGUGCCGGUCAGGGUUCCCUCUCUCCCAGGGCUCCUCCGGAGAGGCCUCUUCCCUGCCGGUCCCAGCCCCCCCUCGCAGAGGUCGACUUUCCCGACCUGGCCGCCGUUUCCCAUUUACGGCACGCACCUCAGUGCGGGCCUAUCGGGGCCUCCAAGCAGGAACAGGCAGCCGCCUUAACGAGAAUGGAUCUGGAGCCGGCGCGGAUGAAACACACGUUGGAGAAGUCCUUCUGGGUCCAGCGAGUUGGAGAGCUCUCCUCGCAGCUCCCGGAAAGCACACAGCACAGGUCGGGGAAGAUGGGAGAGCUGGCAGGCGAAAUGGAGCAGAUGCAACGCGGUGCUUCCUCAGACAAGUGACCCUGUCAUGGUCUCAAAGAAGUACGCUGCUGGGAAACCGCUGUAGAGUGAAAAUCAGAAAAGCCGUGUCCUGUGUUGCCUUUAUAAGUCUUUGCUCCUUCAUCAGUAACCACAGUCUUUUAAGAGUACUUGUAGUUGUGUUCGCCAAAUUUACUGAACUAAAGAAUUGCUACAUAUUACUCAGUUUAAAGGGCAUUCAGGAAAUAUUUUUCUUUUUUUUUUUAACUAAGGGAUAUGCCAUUCUAGACUUCUCUAUGUGGGCGUGUCCUCGCGUUUGCCUCUAUGUUCACACAUCCCAUCUUACCUGGUGCGUUCUGAUCCAUUGUUUAACAUUUCCAGAAAGGAGUAUCCUGCAGUUCUGUGUUUGGUUGCUGUGAGUAAGUGACAUGUAUAUUUGUCUACGGUGUAAUGGCACACAGUGCCUGAGGGCGCAGAGUGUUUUCAGGAAAUGAGUUCUCAUCCCUGUCCACCGAUUCUGCCCAUUCAUGAAUAAGUGAGGAAAUGAAUGGCUCUCUGCGUUUGUCGUGCAUGCUGAUAAAGCAUUGCUGUGUCUCCUUUAUUUGUAUCGUCUUAUUACACUCUCACUUUUAUCACCUCACUUACUGUAAACCUGUGAUUCACCUCCUUGUUUUGACCCUCCAAUUAAUUAAUACCCUUAAUGGUAGCUGUGUUCAGGAAAGAAUGUCCCAUUUUUUCACUCCUUCAA